CUCUCCCUCUGCGGUCUGUCACCCCUCCCUCCCUCAUUUCCUGUCUCCCUCUCUCCUCCCUGUUGCCAUGGAAACUGGGCCGGUCCAGGUGGAGCCGCUGCUUGGCGUCUCGGCUCUGUGGAUGAGAAGCAGCGCAGGUCCGCGGUCUGAGCCUGGUUUCUUCUGAAGCAGCAGAUUUCCCGCGUUCGUCGGGCGCGUCCUGCCGGGAAUCAUGUCCUGACUCCGCAGGGAGGCGGGCCGAGGCGGGGUUCUGGUUCUGGUUCUGGCGCGGUCUUCUCUGCCUCCGCGGAAGGAGCAACACCCGAGAAAAUGAUGCAUCAUGGAAUGUGAGGGUCCAAACUUUCAGCGACACGCCUGCGCCGGGCAGCCCGACUCCAGGAGCGGCAGAGGAGGGCAACCCGCCCGACACUGACGGAACCGAGCCUCGGAGGUGCAUGGUGGACUCUCGUGUCGGUGGCCCGCAGCCGCGCUCUCAGGACCUGCAGAGGGACGGGCCGCCUCCGCGUGUGGGGAUGCGUUUCCAUUUCUCCUCUGGUGUUAGUUUUGGUGUCUCCGGGAAGAUCCGCGCUCUGCCAGAAUGGCUCGCUUUGAAGACGAACUGUCCAGCCGCUAUGGAGGCGGCGGUCCCGCGGGGCCGGCCCGAGGGGCCCCCCGGCAGCAGGGGCCUCCCGGGGGCCAAAGGAUGUACAAGCAGACCAUGGCCCAGAGGGCCAGGACCAUGGCGAUCUACAACCCCAUCCCCGUCAAACAGAACUGCCUCAGCGUCAACAGAUCUCUCUUCAUCUUCAGCGAGGACAACAUCAUACGGAAAUACGCCAAGAAGAUCACCGAAUGGCCUCCAUUCGAGUACAUGAUCCUGGCCACCAUUAUUGCAAACUGCAUAGUGCUGGCCUUGGAGCAGCACCUCCCAGCCUCCGACAAAACCCCCAUGUCCGAGCGUUUGGACGACACAGAGCCCUACUUCAUUGGAAUAUUUUGUUUCGAGGCUGGCAUCAAGAUCAUCGCCCUGGGCUUUGCAUUCCAUAAGGGGUCCUACCUGCGGAACGGCUGGAACGUCAUGGACUUUGUGGUGGUCCUGACAGGGAUCCUGGCCACUGUGGGGGCAGACUUCGACCUGAGAACACUAAGGGCAGUGAGAGUCCUGCGGCCCCUCAAACUGGUCUCCGGCAUCCCAAGUCUACAGGUUGUCCUAAAGUCCAUCAUGAAAGCUAUGGUACCUCUGCUGCAGAUCGGCUUGCUGCUCUUCUUUGCCAUCCUCAUGUUUGCUAUCAUCGGCCUCGACUUCUACAUGGGCAAAUUCCACCGCGCCUGCUUUAGGACAGACACAGGCGAACAGGCAGCAGAUUUCCCAUGUGGCCUGGAGCCUCCUGCGCGUACCUGCGGCAAUGGCACCGUCUGCAGGGAGUACUGGAUCGGACCUAACUUUGGGAUCACGAACUUUGACAACAUCCUCUUCGCCAUUCUCACUGUUUUUCAGUGCAUCACCAUGGAAGGAUGGGUGGACAUCCUCUACGACGCUAACGACGCCUCAGGGAACACCUGGAACUGGCUGUACUUCAUCCCCCUCAUCAUCAUCGGUUCCUUCUUCAUGCUGAACCUGGUGCUGGGUGUCCUGUCAGGAGAGUUUGCAAAAGAGAGGGAGCGUGUGGAAAAGAGGCAGGAGUUCCUGAAGCUCCGUCGACAACAGCAGAUCGAGAAAGAGCUAACUGGAUACCUGGAGUGGAUCUGCAAGGCAGAGGAGGUGAUGCUGGCUGAGGAAGACAAGAACGCUGAGGAGAAGACGCUGGACGGAGCGUGGUACAAGAAGAAACAGAGCAACUCUGUUUUGAAAAGGACCAAGAAGAGCAAGAAUGAACUCAUUAAUGCAGAGGAGGCAGAGGACCACUACACUGACAUCUCAUCUGUUGCUCCCCAAGGGUCGCCGUUCGCCCGGGGCAGUGUGAAGAGCAAGAACGACAGCUCGUCUUACUUCAGGAGGAAAGAGAAGAGGAUCCGCUUCACCAUCCGCCGCCUGGUCAAAUCUCAGAGCUUCUACUGGACCGUGCUUUGCCUCGUUGGCCUCAACACGCUGUGUGUAGCCAUAGUUCACUAUGACCAGCCUGAGUGGCUCACCUAUGCUCUGUACCUGGCUGAGUUUGUGUUCUUGGGUUUGUUCCUGGCUGAGAUGUCCAUGAAGAUGUAUGGCCUCGGACCACAGAACUACUUCCACUCAUCUUUCAACUGUUUUGACUUUGGGGUCAUUAUUGGCAGUAUUUUUGAGGUGAUCUGGGCUGCCAUCAAACCCGGCGCCUCAUUUGGGAUCAGUGUUCUGCGAGCGCUCAGACUGCUGAGGAUCUUCAAAGUCACUAAGUACUGGAACUCUUUGAGAAACCUGGUGGUGUCUCUGCUCAACUCCAUGAAGUCCAUCAUCAGCCUCCUGUUCCUGCUCUUCCUCUUCAUCGUUGUCUUCGCUCUGCUGGGCAUGCAGCUGUUUGGUGGCCAGUUUAAUUUUGAAGAUGAAACACCAACAACCAACUUUGACACGUUCCCUGCAGCCAUCCUCACCGUGUUCCAGAUCCUAACCGGAGAGGACUGGAACGCCGUCAUGUACCAUGGGAUCGAAUCACAGGGGGGCGUUCAUGGGGGCAUGUUUUCCUCCAUUUACUUUAUUGUCCUGACUCUCUUUGGGAACUAUACUCUCCUCAACGUGUUCUUGGCCAUUGCUGUUGAUAACCUUGCAAAUGCCCAGGAGCUCACAAAGGACGAAGAAGAGCAAGAGGAGGCCAUCAAUAAGAAGCUGGCCCUACAGAAGGCCAAGGAGGUAAAGGAAGUCAGCCCCAUGUCUGCUGCUAACAUUUCAAUCACAGCUUUUCUAACACACAGUCGAGGUAACGUGCAGUCUAGCAGCUCAUCCAUCUGCAGCGUUAACUCACUGAGUUAUGUCUGCACCCCAGUCCAUCACUACCUGAGUAACGAGCAGCAAAGGUCGGUGAAGACGAUGUCGGUGUGGGAGCAGAGGGCCAAUCAGCUGCGGAGGCAGAAUCGUGCUAGCUGUGAGGCUCUUUACAACGAGCUUCAGCCUGAGGAGCGCAUCCGUCUGACAUCAGCCCUCAACAUCCGACCUGACAUGAAGACUCAUCUCGACCGACCGCUGGUCGUUGAAACCUGUGAUGGAGCUCUGCUGGGCAGCCAGCACCACCACCACCACAAGACAUGCACUGCAGAAGAGGCCGAGACAGCUGCUGACCUUCCUCCUGCUCCUCACCAUCCUCGCCAUCAUCACCGGCACAGAGCCCGGAUAAAAGAGGACAUCAACGACAACGGAGAAGCUGGCAGGGAAGGGAGGCGCCAUGUCCAUCACAGCCGCUCCAAAGAGCAUGACUGCAGCCGCAGUAAAGAGGGGGGCAGGAUGAACCACCAUCAAAGUUCGGUUGAAGAUGGAGGUGGUGGAGUCAAGAGUGAAAGAGCACACCGCCAUCAUCAUUCACAUCGCCAGUCCCGAGGGGGCAACGGGACAGUGAACAGCGAAGGGAAGGGCGAGCGAAGGUCCCGCCACAAAGACGGACGUCCGUCACAUAAGACUGGAGACAGGAGCUCCAGAGGAGAUAACGGAGAGCAUGGAGGCAAGAGCAGACAUCAUGCUCAUAGGUCAAGGAGCAGGUGCACGACGGAGGAGGCCAACGAGAGGAAGAACCACAACCACAGGCUUGGAGACUCUGGGGGGGAGUCCCUGGCUGUCUCCCCACAACAGGACUCUGAGGGGACAAAAUGUCUGCCUGACCGCCCAGAGGACUCUGACAACCAGAGAAAUGUCCGACAAACAGGCCAAACCUCCAUCCAUGUUCCUCCUGUGACUGUCACCUCCCCACCUGGAGACACCACCCUUAUUCAGAUGAACAGCAUUGACUGUGAAACGAUGCCCAUGACUGAGAAGACCCUGGAGGAUUCAUGUCCGACCGGGCCCAAACCAAUCCUGCCCUACAGUUCCAUGUUCAUUUUUGGACAGACCAAUCCAGUUAGACGCCUGUGCCACUACAUCGUGACUCUGAGGUAUUUUGAGAUGUCCAUCCUGGUCGUCAUAGCAAUGAGCAGCAUCGCUCUGGCAGCUGAGGACCCCGUCUGGGCCAAUGCACCACGCAACAAUGUGCUUAAAUAUCUGGACUACGCCUUCACAGGUGUUUUCACCUUUGAAAUGGUGAUCAAAAUGGUGGACUUGGGUCUGCUGCUCCACCCUGGAUCCUACUUCAGGGACCUGUGGAACAUACUGGACUUCAUAGUGGUCAGUGGGGCGCUGGUGGCUUUUGCAUUUUCGAGCUUCAUGGGAUUGCAACAAGGUGUGACCAGGGGGAAUAAAGGCAAAGACAUCAGCACGAUCAAGUCACUGAGGGUCCUCCGAGUUCUCAGGCCCCUCAAGACAAUCAAGCGUCUUCCUAAACUCAAGGCGGUGUUUGACUGCGUGGUCAACUCUUUGAAGAACGUGCUGAACAUCCUCAUUGUUUACAUCCUCUUCAUGUUCAUUUUUGCUGUUAUUGCGGUUCAGCUCUUCAAGGGAAAAUUCUUCUAUUGCACUGAUGAGUCAAAAGGCCUGGAGAAGGACUGCAAAGGACAGUUCCUGGACUACGACAAAGACGAGGUGGCAGCCAUGCCCAGAGAGUGGAAGAAAUACGAGUUUCAUUAUGACAAUGUACUGUGGGCUUUCCUGACCCUCUUCACUGUCUCCACGGGGGAAGGCUGGCCAACCGUUCUUAAGCACUCUGUGGACGCCACCUUUGAAGACCAGGGUCCCAGUCCGGGCUAUCGCAUAGAGAUGUCCAUAUUCUACGUGGUCUACUUUGUAGUCUUCCCUUUCUUCUUCGUCAACAUCUUCGUCGCUUUGAUCAUCAUCACCUUUCAAGAGCAGGGAGACAAAGCUCUGUCCGAGUGCAGCUUAGAGAAAAAUGAGAGAGCUUGCAUUGACUUUGCUAUCAAUGCCAAGCCGUUGACGCGCUACAUGCCUGAGAAUGCCCAGUCCUUCCAGUACAGGAUGUGGAAGUUUGUUGUCUCAGCUCCAUUUGAAUAUUCCAUCAUGAUCAUGAUUGCUCUCAACACCGUGGUUCUCAUGAUGAAGUUCCACGGAGCACCAGACUUCUAUGAAGUGAUGCUGAAGAACCUUAACAUUGUCUUCACCACUCUGUUCUCUCUGGAGUGCAUCCUGAAGAUCAUUGCCUUUGGUCCUCUGAACUACCUGAAGGAUGCAUGGAAUGUCUUUGACUUUGUGACAGUUUUGGGAAGCAUCACAGACAUCCUGGUUACUGAAAUCAACACGACGGAUAGGCUCCUGAAUUUGAGCUUCCUGAGGCUUUUCAGAGCAGCUCGACUCAUUAAACUGCUGAGGCAAGGCUACACCAUCCGCAUCCUGCUGUGGACAUUCGUCCAGUCUUUCAAGGCCUUGCCUUAUGUUUGUCUGCUCAUUGCCAUGCUGUUCUUCAUCUACGCCAUCAUCGGGAUGCAGGUGUUUGGAAACAUUGACCUGAAUGAAGACACAGCCAUCAACCAUCACAACAACUUCCGCACCUUCCUCCAGGCUCUCAUGCUGCUCUUCAGGAGUGCAACCGGGGAGGCGUGGCAUGAGAUCAUGCUGUCCUGUCUGAGUCAGAGAGCCUGCGACGAGCGAGCCGGAACCACCGUCAAAGAGUGCGGCAGUGAUUUUGCCUACUUCUACUUUGUCUCCUUCAUCUUCCUGUGUUCCUUUCUGAUGCUGAACCUGUUUGUAGCUGUGAUAAUGGAUAACUUUGAGUACCUUACCAGAGACUCCUCCAUCCUCGGGCCUCAUCACCUUGAUGAAUUCAUUCGUGUUUGGGCCGAGUAUGACCCUGCUGCUUGCGGACGGAUAUCCUAUAAGGAUAUGUACAAUUUGUUACGUGUUAUCUCACCUCCCCUUGGCUUAGGGAAGAACUGCCCUAAUAGGGUAGCAUACAAGCGCCUUGUCAAGAUGAACAUGCCCAUUGCUGAUGACAACACGGUUCACUUCACCUCCACCUUGAUGGCCCUGAUCCGCACUGCGCUGGAGAUCAAACUGGCCUCAGGAAUGGUAGCACAGCGACUGCUGGAUGCUGAGCUUAAGAAAGAGUUAUCCACAGUUUGGCCCAGCCUUUCUCAAAAGACUAUGGAUCUGCUGGUAACGCCACACAAGCCCAACGAGCUGACUGUAGGGAAGGUAUACGCCGCUCUGAUGAUCUUCGACUACUACAAGCAGAACCGAGCCAGGAGGCUGCAGAUGCUGCAGCAGCCACAGCCAAGCACGUCGAGCUCCCGGUGCAAGGUCGGGGCUCUCUUUAAGCCAUUGCUGCCUCUGACUCACAUGCAGGGACAAAACCUGCCAGUGAUCAUCAGCGUGGACUCUCCCAGCAUGCUUCAGCCCAGGCCCAAAUCCCGCCCCAUCUCCCAAGCACCCACCAGACUGAGCCUCAGUUCGCUCAACAAUGGAGGCACACUGAUGUUGGAGACCCCCAGGGACGCGUACCCUGCUAAAGCGAAGCGAACCGUCAGAGGCCCUCCUGAGGACACUUCAGACCCCGUCGUCUUUCAGGAGCCAGUGGAGAUGAGGAAGAUGGAGACUAGUGUCAGCAGUACCAUCCCUGCCCCAGAGUCAGGGCUGGAGAUCCAGGGAAGGGCUGCCUCUAUGCCUCGCCUGAAUACUGAGCAGCAGCAGAGCCGGUCUCGUCUCUCUGCGGGGAUUCAGCCAGCUUCUGUUGGUGACGCUGGCCCCAUGAAGCGCUCAGCCUCCACCGUGGCUCCACGACAGCUGGAGGAGCCGGCCCUGAAGCAGCACACAGCCGAGAAACCAUGCCAGGGGAGAACUCACCACCACCACAGCCACCACCGCUGCCACCACUGCAGAGACCGCGAGAAGAGGCAGAGGUCUUUGGAUACGCCUGUAGGGGCUCAACCCCCCGGCUCUGCAGGUCCAGCAGGAGAGCCAGCAGUCAAGACGGCAGCUUCCAGAGAACGAGGUCAUAACCGUGGGCGCUCCCAUGAGAGGAAGCACCAUCACUCCUCCACAGACAAACAGCGCUACUACUCCUGCGACCGCUACUGCAGCCGGGAGCACAGCUGCACCAAAUCUGCCGGUGCUAGCUGUGCUGUCUCCCCCACUGAGACACAGGAAACCAGCAACAAGCAGGGCAGUGGUUGGGUUGAGGGCAGCCCAGUGGCACUGAGCUCUGCUUCUAGCACACCGAACCGUGGACGUCGGCAGCUCCCACAGACCCCCCUCACCCCACGCCCGGGGGUGGCAUACAAGACUGCAAGUUCCUCCCCGGUGCACUUUGUGCCUGCUCAGGCCUGUCUUGGCCGAAUGAGCCGUGGUCAGUCGGAGCACAACGCCCUCCGCCAGAGCAGUUCCCGCCACUUCCCCUGGCCUGUCACCCGUAUCAGCUCCGAGCCUUAUCUAGGUCAGGGCCAUGUGGAGGCCCUGGACAGCCCCUAUGGCAGCCUUAGGGACCAGCUGGAUGUCUUCCGGGAUGCGGCGUCCCUGUCCUCCAGCCCCAGUGUUGGAAGCUCAUCUCGGACCACAAUGGCUCGGGCGAUAGAAGAUUUACAUCCAUCUCUUCCUGUAAACUUUAGCGUGCCCAAUGGGUACCAUGUCAUAAUUGGUGACAGCAGCAGCCCAGGAUCUGGUAUCAAGGCUCUUAGGCACAGGAGGUAAAGGAGGGAAGGAAUGGUGCUAGCAUGGCUUUAAACCAACAUUUUAAUGCAUUUUUGACCAAUUGUGAAGAGGUUUAUUAUCUUCUCUGAAGGCUUUACUUGACAUUGUCACUGUGUGUUAAAUGCUGUAUUUUAAUCCAGACUAAGUUAAGGAGAACAUCUGAAAAGGAAGAGUGUUUCACUCAAGGUUUGAAUGUGAAUUUGAAGGACCCUCCUCUUUGAGGAGAGGUACAGCAUUGGCGAUUAGAAGAGCAGAUCUUUUGCCAGUGUGAGAUAUUUUUCUGUUGUUAGUUUGAUUUGAUGUCAGCCUUUUGUUGAUACCACCACGCUGACCCUUAGUCAGCUUCAUAAACAAACAGAAAGUCAACAUUUUGACCUCCAAUGAGUGCUCAAACCAAACGUUUCAUUUAAAUGAAGUGCAGAUGUCUUUUUGCACCAGGAGAUCUGCUGUCUUCUAGAUGGGGGGGGGUCCAGCUGUUGUCUCUUCACCUUCUUUGUGGCAAGCAUUUCUUUUCAGGGUCAAAUAGAAUGAUAUUGGGUAUUAUUUCUGCCUCUGGAGGCAUGGCAGCACUGAUGUCUUCCUCACAUACAUCCCACAAACACAGCACAACAUUUAAUAUAAUUUAUGUUUCUACCAAAGGAUGAAAAAAAUCCUAAAAUUAAAAUAAAAAUGCACCAAUUUGUCAAUAUUAGUGGAUUUUUAACUGGUGUACAACUGAUGUGCAGGGAAAAGAAACAUUACCUCGUUUGAAUUUUCAUUUUCAGCUGUAACUUUUAAAACUGGGAUUUGGACAGUGUUUCUCCUGCAGUAGCAGCAACUUUUCAUACAGUUUCCAACAUCAUUAUAUUACAUUUCAUUUUUGAGGGAAAACUACAAAUAAGUGAUGGUUUUGUCAGAAGUGUUCAGUAUUUCCUGCUGUUUUGGAUUGAUUUGGACUUUCAGAACCAACAGACUGUGAUAAGAGUUCAGGAAACAUAAAUCGAGGUGAUGUCUCGUGCCAGUCAAACAGUUCUGGCCUUUACUCUGUGAUACUGGACUUCCAGAACAACACUAGACAGCUGCUGUCUGUCCAACAGAAGAAGUUGUUAGAGAGCUGAGCUUUGAUGUUGAAGAACACUAAUUUACUCAACAGAAACUUUAGUGACUGAGGCUCUUCAUCAGCAGGUGUUCUCAGCUCACUCCUCAGCUCGCUUCAGGUUUGUCGCUGGAAACAAGCUAGCAGACGGAUUUUAGCAUUUUUGCUUUACCCCUCACGUGGGGAAAUUCAUGCCCUAACAGUUCAGUUUCUUCAAAAAAAAGGAGCAUUUAACAUUUCUUCAGAGUGAUGCAAAAAGCAGCAGUAAUUUGAGACCAGCAGCCACAUGUCUUCAGUGUUUGGAGUCAAAGGGCAGCAGCAGGACCGAGGAGCAGCAUGGUGGCCUCAACAGAAAACAGAUCCGAGCAGUGACUUCAAACCUCAGACAUUAUGACACUGUACAGACAGCUUUAGUUUACAAACCUACCAUUCCAUGAUGAUGCCUAAUCCUUUCUGACAUUCCCUCAGCACGCCGUUCAACAGACGGCGCCACAUGUUUUUGUCAAAUCAAUGUUUCUUGCAACCUUAAGAAGAGAAGCAGUGCAUGGUGAUGGAACUAUGAGUGAUUUCUAUCAAACUUCCUUGUAGAUGUUCUCUUUAUAUUGUGUGCAUUUUUUGUAUGACAUGAAGGGUUGUUUGUGUGUUUCAUGUGAAGUGCUAAUGGUUUGCCAUCAUUUCAGGUGUAAGGUUUCUUACUUCUUUACAAUGUUUUUGACAAAGUGCCUAUCCUUUUAGAACUACUGUAGAAAAAGAUGCAGCAUCACCUGUUUUCUAACAUGUCCACACCAGAGCAGAUGUAGGACUCCUCCUGUGUGUAGCUCUGCAGGAACACAUGUACAGAAAGCCUUAUUUGUGUGUAGCGACUAUGCUUGAAAACAGGAAGGAGAAAUGACUUUAAAAACGCUUUCUUUUGGUUUUGCAAACACUGUAACGUUGCGAGCAUUUAACUGCAUUUCCAGGAAAACCCGUAUGUAGCAUGUUCAGAGGGCAGACGGAACAGUUUUCAUCGUCAGGUGCAGGUGAGGCUCAGCAAACACCUGGGUUUGCAUGGGGGGGCUGAUGGUUGGCGCUCAGAGAAGGUGGUUUGUUGAUGUUUCAGUGUUUGGCUCUGCGUGUGUUUGUGUGUGAAGAAUUGCUUCAUGCUGGGUUGGAGCUGGAGACUUUUUUUCUUUUUUGGUUUGCAGCGCUCAUUAAACUCCUUUUUUUUGACAGUUUUCACCCAGAAAACAUUUCUGGCAGCAGCUUCUGCUCCUCUGAUAUUGCAGUGAUCCGGUCUGUUCACACAACUCUUCCAGUUGGCUUUCCGUUCGAUUGUUUGGUUCUGAUCCACAUUGGCAGAACCAACAUCCUGAAUGGCUGCAUCAUUAACUGUGUUCCAGUUUCCUCUUUGUGAGUUCUGUUUUCAUUCUGGCAAAUGAAGCUUAGAGUCACACAAACUACAUUUUAAUGAACAGACUAAAAAUCACAUUUUCACUUAUUUGUAACCUUAAAAAUGUUUACAUUUGUGCUGGGGUUGCAGUGAAAAUGGUAAAUCCUUCUGCAUUAAGAAAUGAAAAAUGGGAUAUAUUUGGGAUCUAUUGUCAAACAACUACCAUUAAAAUGUCAUCUAGUAACUCACAGUCUUUUAUCAAAAGAUUCAUUUAUUUAAAGUGAACCACCAUCUUACCUGCAUGCUCCACUUCUUAUUCAGGGUAUGAACAGUAUGAACACAAUUAUCCCGUAGUCAGCAUAAAAAUGGACAGUUUGGUGCCAAAUAUUGAUAUAUUAAGCAAUAAUAUGUACGGUCUGAACAAAGGUCCUUCUCAUGGGCACUUCAUGGGCGGCUGUGGCUUUGAACACUCACAUGGAGUAAACGGAUAACGUCAAAGGGUCGUCAGAACAACCACACAUUUCAGUGAAAAUGAAAUGAUUCCUCUAACAUUGUCAGAUGCUUUGGUUUCAUUUGUUUGUUUCAGUCAUGUUAAAUCAGGAUUCUGGCCCUGUGACAGACCAGCGAGCUGUCCAGGGUUUACCCCCCCUUCACCCUACAGUAGGGACAGGCUCCAGCAACCCCGUGAUUCUGAAAGGAGUAAAGACGGUUUAGUAAAUGGAUGGAUGAUGGAUGAGGGGUCCCAUCUGUGAGUCUGAAUUUGGUUUGAUUAAAAAAAAUACAUUUGAGGUUGAUUUAAAUUAAGAGAAUAAAGCAGGAAAGAGUUGGACUCCCAUCAGAAAGGCAAACGGUUUGAGAGAUCUUUGAAUCAACCAUGUUGACGUUAGAUCAGAUCAGAGUGUCAGAUCAGCUGAUCCAUGCUAAUGGCAGCUUCAGGGUUUUCUUUCAGUUAUCAGAAACACUGCCAUGGAGUGGGAACUGUUUACAUUCCAAAAUCUUAAAAAUAAGAGUUAUCCUAGGCUGGAUUUUGCUGUUUUUAGCUGCUUUAUUUUAUCUCUUAGGAACCAGAGAAUCUGUUUUGUCAGUAAGAUAAAAAUGUGUCGGUGUAGUAGAUUUCUGAUUGACUGGAACUGGGACACAGUUAAUAGGUCAGCGUGUCUGAGUGAUGCAGAUGUUUGCUGACCUGUGCAGGAGGUGCUGCAGGAUUGGUUUUGUGGGUUCAGCUGUGACCUGCGUAGCUCAGCUCCAAACCAAACUCAUGAAAGCCGGAAGGCUUUUCCCAGCUGCUGUAUGAAGAUGUGAGCUCAGCUGAGCUUCUCUUCUCACUGUUUCACACCAGCCUCUCUGCUUCCCAGCUCCUGUGUCUCUGCGUGUGCAUGAGAGUGUGAUUCAGGACUGCUUCGAUCCAAACCCAGAACCAUAUCUGGUUUAUGGUUAACACAUGAACCAUUUUUGUUAUGCAACCUUGAGAGAUUUUCUGUUCCGAUCUGAGCGGCGCUGAAACCUUUGUGUGCAGAACUCUAAGACUCAGCAAGUAGGGCUAUGCAACAAGACAAACUCAUUUCUCCAUCCUCUCUGUAGCUUCUAAUGCUGGUCUCCUCAGAUUCAGGCUUCAGCAUGAUUGUGACCAAAUGUUUUAUAGAAAAAAAGCAAAUACAAAAAAAGAUUUGAAAUGCAUUAAGGCACAACGUGUAAAGAUGAGGCAGAAUAUUUAGAAUUACAUGCUUCUCAUAUAUUUGCAUGCAUAGCGUUUACCCACUUCAGCGAUGUCGAAUGGGGAGUCGGUUUGCUCCAGGUGAGAGUCGAUGUGAUCUGUUUGUUUGCAAUAACCCAGUUUUAUUGAGAAGUUGUCAGGACGCCUUUGUGUGUCCGAUUUCAACGUUUGGUUGUGCAGAAGUUCCUCCUUUCAGCAGCUUCGUUUCACUGUGGAGACAGCUCCUCUGAUUUUGUGGCCUCCGCUCUGCGUGACAGGAAUUGGACCUGCGUCCCCGUUUCUCCACAGAGCACACCUGAAAACACAACAUCUCUUCCUUCUGCGUGGCAUUUUCCGGAGAAAAUACAAAUGACUGCAUGCUCCAACUAUGUACGUGCAUGUGCAAAUCUUAGUACUUUUAUAUACCACGUGACUUUUGGUUGUUGAUUUUUAAUAUUUGAUAUGAACUGUGGGGCUGAAAGACUUCUUUCUAUAAAACAGUAUUUAAUGUUGUCUGUAGUUGAGCCCCACACAGCAGAGCUAGAACAUUCCUUCAUUUGGGUGUUGGGAUUUGGUGAAAUGUUUGAUUUGCCUGACUUAUGUUUCUGGGCUGUACUUUGAAUUCUGCAAUUGUUUCUACAUUGAACAUUUUGUAUGAAGCAAAGUUCCUUGAAAUAAAAAAAAGAAUAAAAUCAAA